CUCGACAAUUUUCGUUAUUUAUUUGAUUCAAGGGAUGGUUAAUCAUUUGAUUAAUGGGAAAAGCGCCUUGAAACGUGAAUUGCAUGUAUGAUCUAUGCGGUGAGCUUUGUAGCAUUUUAUUUUUCUCUCUAAACCCCGGGAAAUUGGAAAGAGACACAAGAUAAUGAGAAAUAUAGCUGCUGACAGUAGUUAAAUUUACAACCACUCGCGGUCCCGCUGACCUCAAAUGGCUGUAUAUGGGCUGUUUGCAUUCUUAUCGCAAGUUCCUCAGGUGAAACGUGUUUCCCCACCUUCAGGCCCUUUGUCGAAGUCGCUUGAAUAAUACAGUCUACUUUAAGUUGCCAGCUUGACGUGACGCUGUAAUGCUGCCGUUAAUAGUUUAUUAUUUCAUUUUGUUCCUUGUCUGCUGGAUUGGGUUGUGGUACAUUAAACUACUGUGGAAACCUGCCGGUUAUCCACCAGGCCCAUCGGGAGUAUUGAGUUUCUUAGCUCUGAACAAGCAAAAUGAGCCUUUUCUUUCCAAGGCAAUGCAGAAAUUGUCGGCAGAGUAUGGACCUGUAAUAGGCCUUAUCCUUCUUCACAGGAAAUUCAUCUGUGUUUCUAGCCGCCAGGCUGCUGUUGAUGCUUUGAGCAACACGGAGCUUUUGGGCAGGCCCAAAUCUUUCGAUUUCAAUCUGCGAACCAAAGGAUUGAUUCGUGGUGUCUUGAUGACUGACGGUGACUUAUGGAAAGAUCAGAGGCGGUUUACAAUCAAACACCUCAAGGAUGUUGGCGUUGGAAAAUCUUCCCUUGAAGGAAUGAUUUUAGAUGAAAUUCGUGAAAUGAUAUCCGACUUGAAAAAUGUUGUAGAUUCCUCCAGUGACGGAGUAAUCAAAUUGGACAAUGUAUUCACCACUGCCGUGCUCAACAUAUUGUGGGUUAUGGUUUCCAGUAGGCGAUUCGAGCGAGGAGAUCCGAAGAUGGACGAACUAGCGACUUGCAUGCACGGUUUCAUGCGUUUCAGCAAUGGUGGACCUACUUGGUUGAGCUUAAUUCCGAUUUUACGCUUCAUCAUACCGGAACUUAGCGGUUACAACAAGCUAAUGGGGUACAUUAGACCCAUACGUUCCUACGUCGAGGAAGAGGUUGCGGAGCACCAGAGAACCCGUCAAGCGGAUUCGCCUCGCGACUAUAUUGACCUUUAUUUGGAAAAACUUGACGAAGAAAAGUCUAUAAAUAAUUCAACCUUUGAUGAGGAGCAGUUGUUGGCCACUAUUUUUGACAUUUUUGUUGCCGGAUCGGAGACGACGAGCCACACACUCGGAUUCUCAUUGCUCUUUAUGAUAUUUCACCCGAAAAUUCAGGAGAAAGUUCAAGACGAGAUUGAUGAAAUCCUACAAGGAAGAGCUCCAUCUCUUGCAGACAGAGGAAGAUUACCGUAUACGGAAGCUACGCUCCAGGAAAUCCAAAGACUUGGGGUAGUAGCUCCAGUUACGAUACCCCACGUAGCGGAAAAGGACACGAAAUGUCAAGGAUAUGUCAUACCAAAGAAAGCAGUGGUAUUUAUCAAUCUCUGGGCCAUUAAUAACGAUCCUGAAAUUUGGCCAGAACCAACUAAAUUUCUCCCGGAAAGACAUUUGAAUGAUGCUGGGGAAUUUGUCAAGUCGGAAAAGAUGUUAAACUUCAGUCUCGGUAAACGAAGCUGCAUUGGAGAAACACUUGCGCGAAAUUCUCUUUUUCUCUUCUUCACAUCCAUCAUGCAACACUUUCACUUUGAAUUUCCUAAUCAAAGAGAUGUGGACGAGGAGUUGCCUUCUCUUGAACCAAUUCCCGGCUUGACAUUGGCUCCUCGCCCAUGCUUUGCCCGUGUAAUCAAAAGAUCAGUGUAAUACUGUAUGUAUUUCUUUAUUCCGGUGCCAGUGGAUCAUGAGGAAUAGGACAGAAAAAAUAGGAUACGAGUUUAAAACUUCAGCCGUAAUUUUAAAAAUCAUUGUCGAUAAGUCAUGAAAAUUUAUAACGGACUUUGAAAUAGAACUACCCCUCCUUA